ACGAAAAAAAAAAGAAGAAAAAAAUAAAAUAAAAUCAACAUGGAAAUGAAAAGCAUUGUUGCAGUUGUAUUGGUUUUGCCAUUUCUAGCACUGAAUGGCGAAGCUCAAGAGCCUGUGAUUUAUGACAUCACAAAGUACGGUGCUGCACCAGGUGCCGAUAUCAGCGAGGCUCUCCUUGCUGCUUGGAAGGAAGCUUCGGCAUCAGAAAAUGCUAGCAAGAUUGUGAUUCCACCAGGGACAUGGAUUCUAAGCCAGGUCAGAUUGACAGAAAACAAAGCCCCUCUGGAGCUCGAAAUACAAGGCACUGUGCAAGCCUAUGCCGACCCCCAAAAACUGCCUAAUAAACAAGGUGAAUGGAUCACCAUCAAUUACGUCAACUACUUCACCCUGUCUGGUGGUGGCGUUCUCGACGGCCAGGGCCAUGAAGCAUGGAAGCAAAACGAUUGCAACAAAAACAAAAAUUGCGCCAAGCUUCCCAUCAAUCUGAGCUUGAACUUCAUCAACAACUCGGUAAUCCAUGACGUGACCACCAAGGACAGCAAGAACUUCCACGUGAACUGCAUCGCAAGUCACAACGUGACCUUCCAGAGGUUCCACGUGUCAGCUCCUGGUGAGAGCAUUAAUACUGACGGGCUCCACCUGGCGCGCUCCUCCUUGAUAAGCGUCCUUGAUUCCAUCAUUGAAACUGGGGACGACUGCAUUUCCAUUGGGGACGAGAGCUCUGAGUAUCACAUCCAAAAUGUCACAUGCGGACCAGGCCAUGGCAUCAGCAUUGGAAGCCUCGGCAAAGGUGCUCAGGAGAAGGACGUAACCGGAAUCUACAUCAAGAACUGCACAUUCAAACAGACGCAGAAUGGCGUCAGGGUGAAGACAUGGCCAUCGGCCCCGGCCACGCUCAAGGUCAGCAAUCUGCAUUUCGAGGACUUGAUCAUGGACAACGUGAGCAACCCCAUAAUAAUCGACCAAGAAUAUUGCCCUUGGAAUUUGUGUGACAAAUCAAAACCAUCACAAAUCCAAAUCAGUGACGUUAGUGUCAAGAACGUACGUGGAACGUCCAGCACAGCAGAGGUCGUCACAUUUGCCUGCAGCUCUGGCAAGCCGUGCCAGAAUGUGGAGAUUGGUGAUAUUGAUCUUGGCUUCGUUGGUACCAUUGGAAAUAUCACCACCAUAUGCUCCAAUGUGAAACCCACUGUUACCGGCAAAACAAACCCGCCACUCUGUGCUUCCCCAGCAGCGGCACAAGCGGCUUAAUUGUUUCGUGCAUUUCUUGCACAUCGAUUCGUAAAUUUUAUUUUAAUUUUUGUUUUUUUUUUCUAUUUUGUAACGAGAAUAAUUUGUACAAGUUUUGAGUUUGUAUUUUUCUACCAAU